UCCUUCGGCGGCGGCUCCCAGCGCAGUGCGCCCGCCGCGACGGAGUCGGAGGGCUCGGCCCGUGGUCUCCCGGCUCUCGCCUUUCCGGCGCGCUCCGUGCUGCUCUGCGAGCGUCCCUGAGUGCGGGCGGCAGCCGCGGCGGGUUCCUCAGUAUUUUUGAAGGGCAUUCUAAUUAUGGAAAAUUUAAAGUAAACAGACACAACAGCAGUUGAACCUCAAAGUUCCCAUUGUCUUGCCCAGUGAUCAUCAACAAAGGUUAUUUUAUAAUGAGGUUUUGCUAUGGCUAAUGACCCCUUGGAAGGCUUCCAUGAAGUAAACCUUGCUUCACCUACUUCUCCGGACCUUCUUAGUGUGUAUGAAUCAGGGACUCAGGAGCAGACUACCUCACCAAGUGUCAUCUACCGGCCACAUCCUUCAGCUUUAUGCUCUGUUCCUGUCCAGGCUAAUGCACUGGAUGUUUCUGAUCUUCCUACGCAACCUGUAUAUUCAUCCCCCAGACAUUUAAACUGUGUGGAAAUAUCUAAUAUCAGCAUUCAUGUUACAGACCCAGCAUCUUGUGUUACCUCAGGAGUUUCAUCUGGGCUAACUAAAGUAACUACAAGGAAGGACAGCUGUAAUGCAGAGAGGGAGUUUUUACAGGGUGCUACAGUCACAGAAGGUUGUGCUGGCACUGAAGAUAUUUUUGGCUUGAGUACGGAUAGUCUGUCCCGUUUACGAAGCCCAUCUGUUCUGGAAGUUAGAGAAAAAGGCUAUGAGAGAUUAAAAGAAGAACUUGCAAAAGCUCAAAGGGAAGCUCAUAAGAUGGUGAGAGAAGCAAAUGUCAAGCAGGCAACUGCGGAAAAACAGCUGAAAGAAGCACAAGGGAAAAUUGAUGUACUUCAAGCUGAAGUAGCUGCAUUGAAGACCCUCGUAUUGUCCAGUUCUCCAACAUCACCUACUCAAGAGCCUCUGCCAGGUGGAAAGACACCUUUUAAAAGGGGGCAUACAAGAAAUAAAAGUACAAGCAGUGCUAUGAGUGGCAGUCAUCAGGACCUCAGUGUGAUACAGCCAAUUGUAAAAGACUGCAAAGAGGCUGAUUUAUCUCUGUAUAAUGAAUUCAGAUCUUGGAAGGAUGAGCCCACAAUGGACAGAACGUGUCCUUUCUUAGACAAAAUCUAUCAGGAAGAUAUCUUCCCAUGUUUAACAUUCGCAAAAAGUGAGUUGGCUUCAGCUGUUCUGGAGGCUGUGGAAAACAAUACUCUAAGCAUCGAACCAGUGGGAUUACAACCUAUUCGAUUUGUUAAAGCUUCUGCAGUUGAAUGUGGAGGACCAAAAAAAUGUGCUCUCACUGGCCAGAGUAAGUCCUGCAAACACAGAAUUAAACUAGGGGACUCAAGCAACUAUUACUAUAUUUCUCCUUUUUGCAGAUAUAGGAUCACAUCUGUAUGUAAUUUUUUUACAUACAUUCGUUAUAUUCAGCAAGGGCUUGUGAAACAGCAGGAUGUUGAUCAGAUGUUUUGGGAAGUUAUGCAGUUGAGAAAAGAGAUGUCAUUGGCAAAGCUGGGUUAUUUCAAAGAGGAACUCUGAUGCACUGCAUGGGACCACGCACAGACCUUCCUGAACAACUGGAAAACGGCUGAAUAUUUCUAUGGUUACUCAAUAUUUAUUUCCAAGAAGUGGGCCUGACCAAGACUUUUCCCUCCUUUUGCAAAUUACACUGAGAAGUACUGUGAUUUCAACUGACCUAUGCUGUGUUUGCUUAUUCUUUAGUUGGACACACUGUAAUAUAAGGAUUACAGUUGUACUAGUGAUUAUUUAUAGAUGCAAACUCCAAUAAAUAAAUAAAUGUAUAUGUUAGAUUGAAUGUUUUUCUCUUCUAGUUCUAAUAUGGCCUCUUAGAGCCAGCAGGAUAUGUUAAGUAGUUUUCACACUUACAGCAGACCAAGAGGCAAGGAAAAAGAUUAUUAUCAGACAAAACUCACCUCUGUUUUUAUCUUUUGUAUAUAUUGGGCUUCAGAAACUUUUAUUUGAAGAAAGACCCUUGCUAAAAGUUUGAAAGUUACCAUUUUUAUCAUUUUACUCUCUGUAAUUUAAAUAAUCCUUUAUACUUUUUUUUUUUUUAAAAUAUCUGAGAUGGAAGGCAGUCACAUUUUAUUCCAGAGAUGCAUUCUUAAUGUAUCAUGGUACAGGCGCUCAGGAUUUAUGUAUGUUGAGCAUGAUCAUAGUAUUGGAGGCAUAUAAAGGUAAAUAAGGAGUUUGUGUGUUCAAGGAGAUUUGAAAGGGUGUGUUGAAAGAAUAGUACAUUUGAAAUAUAGAGUGACCAUAGAAACAUGACUCGUGUGGAAAAAUUAUUAAAAUAAAAGGUAAAGAGGCUCACGAUGGAGAUAUGGUAAGUAUAGGAGGACAAAAAGAAGAAAUGAGAAACUGUUCUUCUCAAGAGAAAACUACUGUUAAUAUUUUUAGAGACUAGCCCUUCAGCUUUCAGAUAUUUCCUACUGAAAUAGUUUAGCCCUUUCUUUUUAAAAAAAAAUCUGGAAUGUUUGCCUGUGAAUAAAUCUGUACCUCUCAA